UGGAGCGGGAGGGUCAGAGUAAGUUGUGGGUACCCAGAGACUUGGAGGACCGCCUCAUGUGUGGUGGAUGGAGGGGUAUCAGGGAUGGAUGACUGCUGUGUUUCUGGCAUGAGGAACUGGAUGCUGGAGAUGCCAUUUGUCAAAGUGGACAACGGAGGAGGAGCAAGUUAAGUGUGAUAUGCCUGAGGGGCAGCAGCUUCUGAAUGGAGAGCAGAGAUGGACUGGGGCAUCUCCAGAGUCAUGGGUGUCUGGGUGGCGUUUCACGCCAUCGUCCUGGGUUUGAUCGAGGUGGUCAGAUACUGGAGCAAGGUCCUGUCCACCAUGGCUCGACGCCCUCGGAGCAGCAGGGCAUGGCACUUUGUCCUAAGUGCAGCCCGCCGAGACGCAGAUGCCCGAGCCAUAGCUCUGGCAAGCAGUCCUAACUGGGGCUAUGAUUCCGAUGGGCAGCAUAGCGAUUCAGACUCGGACCCCGAGUACUCGUCCCCGACACCAUCCAUCCCCAGUGCUGUGCCUGUGACUGGAGAGUCCUUCUGUGACUGUGAGGGCCAGAGUGAAGCUGCUUUCUGUAGCAGCUUACAUACAAUACACCGUGGCAAGGACUGCCGCUGUGGCGAGGAGGACGAGGAUUUCGACUGGGUCUGGGAUGACCUGAACAAGUCCUCUGCCACCUUGCUGAGCUGUGACAACCGCAAGGUCAGCUUCCACAUGGAAUAUAGCUGUGGCACUGCAGCCAUCCGGGGCACUAAGGAGCUGGGGGAUGGCCAACAUUUCUGGGAGAUCAAGAUGACCUCUCCUGUGUAUGGCACCGACAUGAUGGUGGGCAUUGGGACGUCGGAUGUAGAUCUGGACAAGUACCACCAUACGUUCUGCAGCCUGCUUGGCAGGGAUGAAGACAGCUGGGGCCUCUCCUACACAGGGCUCCUUCACCACAAAGGCGAUAAGACAAGUUUUUCUUCACGCUUCGGCCAGGGCUCCAUCAUUGGUGUACAUCUGGAUACCUGGCAUGGGACAUUGACCUUCUUCAAGAACAGGAAGUGCAUAGGAGUGGCUGCCACUCGGCUGCAGAACAGGAGGUUCUAUCCAAUGGUAUGCUCCACAGCGGCCAAGAGCAGCAUGAAGGUCAUCCGCUCCUGUGCCAGCUCCACCUCCCUGCAAUACCUGUGUUGCUACCGCCUGCGCCAGCUUCGACCAGACUCUGGUGACACUCUUGAGGGUUUGCCCCUGCCACCUGGCCUGAAGCAGGUGCUGCAUAACAAACUGGGCUGGGUUCUGAGUAUGAACUGCAAUCACCAGAAGCCCCCUGCGCCCCCACCUGGCACAGCCACAACUGGCCCCAUGAGUCCUGAGUCCAGGCCCUGUCAGAGGAAGCGCUGCCGAAGGACCUGACUUGUCCAGUGGAAAUGGCCUCCUGGGGCUGGGACUGCCUUCCUCUGUCCUUUCCUACCAGGGCAGCAGGAAAGAACUGAGGUGUGACUGGGGUUUUCUCCAUCUCCCUGAGGUCAGGAUAGUGUGGGGGCUUGAGGGCCACAGUAGAGGCUAUUCUGCUCUCCUAGUGGGGAAGCUCCACACCUGUCUUCAGAGUCUCCCUCCAUGUGUCCCAGGAGCAGCAGCUCCUGGACCCAGACCACAAGCCUGGGAGGCUAGCUGACCCCCAGGGUGGUAGACUCACAGCCCAGGGAGAAGGGCUGUUCCCAACCCACAGGACCUUGGGAUUUUCCAGGCUUGCUUUGCAUGUUGUUAGCUGCUCCUUUUGUCAGCAAGUGACCUGUGAAGGGUUUAUUUCUCAUUCCCAUAUGCUAUAACAUUAAAGAGUCUACAACAAGG